AUGCCACCAACCAUCCCCAGACUUGUGGCCGUCCCACUCCCGCCUCCUUUCCUCCUCCCUCGAUCACUCCUACGAAAAUCCUUGAGCGGCUCUCAGAGAAGAUGUAUGGGCAUUCGCUCACUAGACCGACAGCCGAAACACAACCCCUACAAUGUCGUCCCAGGCAUUCAACCACUUCUCUCCACGCCUGCCGCGGCCUUUGAGCGAAAGUUGAAAUCAGAUACCCUUCCUCUACGGUCAGGAGCUCUGGCAAUCAAGAAGGGCAUGACCGCAGUAUACGAUGUUGAAUCUGGAAAGAGAAUACCCUGCACGGUGUUACAGCUGGACAGAAAUCAGGUCGUCAGCCACAAGACGCGGAGGAGACACGGUUACUACGCGGUGUGUGUUGGCAGCGGCACCAUCAACCCCAAGAAUGUGGUAAAGCCCAUGCUCGGCCAUUACUCCGUGCAGGGCGUGAGUCCCAAAAGAUUUCAGCGCGAAUUCCGAGUCCGAGGCCCAGAGGGCUUGCUACCAGUAGGCCAAGAGAUCCGCGCCGAUUGGUUUCUAGCCGGGCAGUUUGUGGACACUCGGUCAAAUUGCAAAGGAAAGGGUUUCGCAGGUCCGAUGAAGAGAUGGGGUUUCAAAGGUCAGCCACGAAGUCACGGUCACUCUCUCAGCCACAGAUCGCAUGGUUCCGUGGGUCCCAGUCAAGGAGGUGGUAGUCGUGUAUAUCCCGGCAAGAAGAUGGCCGGAAAUAUGGGUGGCCAGAGGAAUACAGUGCAGAACUUGAAGGUUCUGCAGGCGGAUGCGGAGAAUGGGAUUGUCGUUGUGCAUGGAGCUGUGAGCGGUCCUAAAGGGUGUUUGGUCAUGAUUCAAGACGCGUUAAAGAAACCUUGGCCGGAAGUUCCUCAACUACCGAAACCAUCCAAGGUUGAGGCGCCAGUGGCGGAAGCAGAGCCUGCGAAAAUUCCUGCAUGA